ACGACGAGAAGGUAUUUUUCCUUGUACGGACGAAGUGGGAGAAGGGAUGGGAAUCGAGGUGGGGACAGCGGGCGAAGGAGAGAGGGGGCGCUGGGGCAACGUUCGGCCACCUGACGAGGCGGAAGCAGGUGGACUCUAAUCGCGAAAGGGCCGGCGUAGGUCAACAGCUCGCCAAUGCGGGGUCGGUUCCGCAGCUUGUGGCCUUAGGUGCUGGAGUCUAUGUUCUUAUUGGUAUUGUCACCAGAGAGAGUGCAGGACCAGCUCUCACCAACUCCUUUCUCAUUGCUGGGAUAGCAGCUGCUCUUUCAGCUUUCUCUUUACGCAGAGCUUUCAAGCCAAUGCCCUUUUGCAGGAAGUGCCUACCACUAUUCAUAUAUUGGUGUUGGAGAACAGUAAUUAUUUGUUUUUUUCAAUAAUAAAUCAAAUUUGUGAUAUUAUCGAAUGACAAACCAUUGCAAGAUAUUGUAAUUAAACUAGUCCUGGUAUUACUUGAGCUUUAAAAUUGUGGGAUGUGUUAACAUGAAAAAUAAAUUAUACUAUAUUAUGACUGUAGAAUGAUGCGUAUCAAUCAUUCUGUUAGUUAUAAGCUAGUUGCUAUUCUAUGUUUGUUAUCUUUCUUGUCAGUGUUGCUUUUGGCUGGGCUUUAAUUCUUGAAUAUACAAUUGGCAGGUCAACCGUUGCACGUGGCAUAUCUCGAAACUUGGCAUUAGUUUUUGGAGGAAAAGAUAGUCUACCUUCAUUUAUGGCACGUAUUCAGAUUCCAGGCACUGAUAUUGUGGUCGAUCCCUGUGCUGCUAUUCUAGUGCUGCUUGUGACUACAUUAUUAUACAUAGGGAUAAAAAAGAGCACAUUUGUACAAGGAAUUAUCACUAUAAAUGUUUGUGUCUUGUUAUUUGUCAUCAUUGCUGGUGGAUAUCUUGGCUUCAAGACUGGAUGGGUUGGGUAUAUUGUAGCUGGCGGGUCAGUGUUGGCACACUUCUUGCAUUCACCAUAGUUGCAGUUUCAAUCUUGAUACUGAGAUAUGUUCCACCAAGUGAGGUUCUGCUGCCAUCAUUUCUCCAGCAGUCAAUUGAUUCAGUUUCAUUUCACCAUAAUUUUCAAAAUAAUGGGGAAGAGGCAGAUUCUUCUGGAAUUAUCUGCAGUAACCAAGACCAAGAUGAUGGCAUAUCUCAAGAAGUUUCUAAGGAAUCAUCUGAUUAUCCUCUGAUUGCAAAGGAAAGUAACAAAGAUACGGAGGAAUCCCCAUCACCAAAUUCUCCUCCAAGAUCCUUGCCAAGGUCAUCGAGUACUGCGAGAAGCACGUCAAUGUCCAGGACAUCGAAGAACUCAUUCGUUGGGAUGAAGAAUUCGUUAAGGUCGAAGAGUCCACCCUAUUACAUCUUGUCUUGGUUACUCUGGUGUUAUCAACAGAUGCAUGAAAUGAUUGAUAUUGUGCAAAAAGGCGGGUCCCGCUGCCCAGCGGCCCCCUAGGCCUGGCCCCACAGGGAUCCUAGGAGGAGGUAAAUCAGCGGUGAAUGCUGGCCCGGGUAAAGCGUGGUGUCUCCGGAAUUUAACACAGCCGGCCCAAAUUAUUCAUCCAGUGCGCGUCCAUGGACCUUCGACCAUACGACUCAUUGUGCAAGGAUGCCACAUCUUAACCGGUUGAUCCAGCCCGCGGGGGCUGAAAUGAUUGAUAUUGUUUCUAUGAUUGAUCAACUUCUUCUAAUGUAUUCUUAUGUAGAACAACACUUACCUUAUUCUGCUAACCAUAAUUGGCACUGUUAAUGUUUCUUUUAAAACCAGAAAUCUUCCAAGUAAUCAAUUUCCAUAUGAAAAUUUUCUUUCA